AUGGCGGGCCAACACAGAAGUCUGGAAUUGCGAUCUCGUCGUCUUCGAGAGAGCAACGACGGUGUCCUAUAUAACGCUGACGAUGGUCAUCCUUUUGACAUUCCUUCUCCCGACACCAUACUUCAAACUCCUGAGCGAUCUCCGUCACCAGAAGAAACUGCGCACGAACCAAUGCCCGACACCCCCUCCGACACCUCGGUCACAGAGACUAGCAAACCACAGGACAAGCCCGAAGAACCAGAAAUGGAUCCUCGCAAUAGCUCGAGCAAGAAGCCACAACCCGCCCCAAGGUCGACAACAUCAUCCUCUCGAGAGCAGCAACGACCCUCUCAGAGCCCCCAACGUGCAGACAGGGCCAACGACAGGACUUCGGAAGAGCGGUCGACAGCAUCACUUGCCGGUGUACUCGCCAACCGGGGUGAGGCACUGCCUUUGACCAUGUUCAGUGGAUUGGUCGACGCAUCGCCAGAGCUAGACAAGAAGCGAGAGUCGGAGUUGACUUGGGUCGAGGAAGAGCCUCAAUCGAAAUGA